AUGUCUGCUACGGAAGAAAAGAAGAGGCCAAUUACACCUCCCAUCGAAGAGGGAGAAAACAAGAAACAGCAUACUGGUGGAAAGGAACAACAAAAAAAGCAGCCCAAAGUACACAGAAGAAAGUACAAGGCUAAGGAUAUCGACCAGACUUCACCUAUGGGAGUUCUUCAGUUUGAAAUUGAUGCGAUUUUGAAUGAACACAAUUUGGUCAAAGACGAUGUUUCCAACAACAUGUCGUUGAUCCUCAACGAUGAAUCUGCUCAGCAGAAAUAUCAUCGUGUAGUCUCUGAUGUCAAGAUCGAGCUUCUUACCUCGAAUGGUGAAGGUCUUGCAUUGAUUCCUCAUCCCGAUGAGAGUAAGAAGAAUCAAGUUUGCAUAGUGCCAUUUGGACUACCAGGUGACAUCGUGACGGUUAAGGUCUUUAAAUCGCAUCCGUUAUACGUAGAGUCAGAUUUAGUUUCUGUCGAAACAGAAGCUUCGGUUCGUGACAAUUCCUUGAUCAACUGUAGCUACUUUGGCAAGUGUUCCGGAUGUCAGUACCAAAACGUCGAGUACGAACAGCAGUUGAAGUUUAAGAGAGAGACCAUUGUCAAUGCUUAUAAGUUCUUUGCGCCUGUGUUGAACAACAAUAAUAGAUUGCCAGAGAUCAGGGAUACGGAGCCUUCUCCGUUAAAAUACAGGUACAGAACCAAGUUGACCCCACAUUUCAACGUCCCGUACAAGAAGAACUUUGUUCUCGAAACCAGGCCAAACUUGGGUUUUGGAUCCAAGGGUAGACCAACAUGGAGGAAAGACGUAGAAAUACCCGAUGGCUCUAUUUUGGAUAUCGAAGAAUGCACGAUUGGUACUCCCAUCAUUAACAUCGGAAUGAAAAACGAAAGAGCUAGAUUCGAACAAGAAUUCAAGAAGUACAAGAAGGGUGCUACCAUUUUGUUGAGAGAGGACACCAAUGUUGUAAACAAUGGAGAAGACUUCGAGUUAAAGGAAGCUUCCACCGACGUGGAAGGUAAGAUUUCAUCUGUUGAAGUAAACAUAGAAGGAGAAAACAAGAAGUUAGUUAAGACCUGUGUCACCAAGAGCAGACAAAUAGUUACUGAAUACGUGAAUGGAUACACAUUUGAAUUCUCUGCUGGGGAAUUCUUCCAAAACAACAACUCCAUCUUGCCAGCUGUUACCAACUAUGUCAAGUCCAAUUUGGCUAUCCCAAAUUCCAAGGAAGGAGAACCAAACUACUUGGUGGAUGCAUACUGUGGAUCCGGUUUAUUCUCCAUAACGUGUUCUGAUAACGUUUCGAAGGUAAUCGGAGUUGAAGUGUCUGCAGACUCGGUCAAAUUUGCCGAACGUAAUGCUAAGAACAACAACAUCGAGAAUGCCUUAUUCUUAGUAGGUAAGGCAGAACAAAUCUUUGGAAGUAUCGACACUCCCAGCAACAGAACAUCUGUUAUCUUAGAUCCACCAAGAAAAGGUUGUGAUGAGGUAUUUUUGAACCAAUUGUCAGACUACCAUCCUGCAAAGAUCGUCUACAUCAGUUGUAAUGUGCAUUCUCAAGCUCGUGAUGUAGAAUGGUUCAUAAACAACACCGAGAACGGAAAAGACUACUACGUGGAAAGCAUCAAAGGAUUUGACUUUUUCCCACAGACGCACCACGUAGAAAGUGUCGCUGUUUUAGCAUUGAAAAACUAG